UCACAUGGCUGGCGCGCCCACUCAGCUCCUGCGGCUCCUGCCACUCCUCCUGCUGGUGCUUCCCUCUGGCCUCCGGGAGUACCUCUCGCCGGAGAUCAACCACCGGCCGGAGGAGGAUGGCACUGCUCCAGACCCAGGCGUCGCCGGCGACGCCGUCCUCCAUCCGAUCGUGCUGGUGCCCGGGGUGAGCUGCAGCAAGCUGGAGGCGCGGCUCACGGGCGCCUACCGCCCGUCCGUGCCGCGCUGCGGCGCGAUGAAGGGGAAGGGCUGGUUCGGGCUCUGGGACAACUGCUCCGACCUCCCCGGCCACCACUACGUCCACUGCUUCAUGGAGCAGAUGAGCCUCGUCUACGACCCCGUCGCCGACGACUACCGGAACCUGCCCGGCGUCGAGACCCGCGUGCCCAACUUCGGCUCCGCACGAGGGUUCCAGAUUAACCCAGAGCACCCGGAUUGGUGCCUUCAGGCCCUCCGGCGCGAGCUCGAGAGGAUCGGGUACCGUGACGGCGACACCCUAUUCGGCGCCCCGUACGACCUUCGCCGUGCUCCUCCGAUGCCCGGCCAGACCUCACGGGCCUACUCCUUCUACUUCCGGCAGCUGACGAGGCUCAUCGAGGACGCGAGCCGGAGGAACCAGGGCAGGAAGGCUAUCCUCUUCGGGCACAGCUUCGGAGGGACGGUCGCGCUGGCGUUCGUGCAGAGCACCCCGAUGGCGUGGCGGGACCGGUACAUCAAGCACCUCAUCCUCGCCGCGGCGCCCCCGGCGGCGGGGGUCGUGCCGACAGUGAAGUACGCGGCCUCCGGGCCGGAGGUGCUCUACGUCCCGACCGCCCCGCCGCCGUCCCUGCGGCCGAUGUGGCGGACCUUCGAGUCCGCCGUCGUCAACUUCCCGUCCCCGGCCGUGUUCGGGCGCCGGCCGCUCGUGGUCACCGCGCGGCGGAACUACUCGGCGCACGACAUGGCGGAGUUCCUCGCCGCCGCCGGCUUCGGCGCCGCCAGCGUGCUGGCCUUCAGGCGGCGGGAGGUCACGAGCAUGGACCGGUUCCAGCCGCCCAUGGUGCCCACGACGUGCAUCAACGGCGAGAGCAACGAGACGCUGGAGCAGCUCGUGUACUGGGACGGCGACUUCAAUGCGCGGCCGGUGCUGGUGUACGGCGACGGGGACGGGUUCAUCAACCUGGUCAGCAUGCUGGCGUUCGACGAGCAGAUGCGCCAGCAGAACGAGCAGAACAAGCUGUUCAAGUCGAUCAGGCUCGAGGGGGCUAGGCACAGCACGAUCGUCACAGAUGACUGGGCGCUGAAGCGGAUCAUGCAAGAAAUACUUGAAGCUAAUAGGAUCUCCGGUUAGAUUCAAGUGGCUGUUCUUCGACUUGUUAGUGGUGUUAGUUUGCUGUGGAUUUUCAGAGUGAGUUGUACUGUAUGGGAUGGGUGCGUGGUUUUUGAUCCAGUUUCCACUAAAAAAAACUGGGCUGGCACCUUAUUCUUUAUUUUCUUUUUUUUUUCAAUAAAAUUUUUCGUAAAGUUGUUGCUAUUAUCCUUCCGAAGUAAGAUUCAAGUGGCUUUGUACUUUACUCAAUAAUAAUAACGAGUGGAUUAUUAUGGUUC